AUGUCUAAAGUCACAGUGGAGAAGGGGAAGGAGGCCUCUUCGCGCUCCUGUCCGUCAGCGUGCGGAUUUAUGAUCUCGGGCAGGGAUUCACAUCCGAUGUGCAUCGCAUGUAUGGGUGCGAAGCAUGCCCAGGCCUCGUUGGCGAACACCGAAAGCUGCGUGCACUGCCAGGCAAUGCCGAUGAGGAUUUUGGAGAGAAGGCUUCGAGUGGCGGCAUCUUCCAAGGAUGAUCCGGUCCUCUCUGCCGCUCCAUCGUCAGCUAAUGACGCCAAAUCCUCUCCUCCGCGGGAUCUUGCUUCGUGGGGGGACAUCAUGGAGGUAGAAUCCCCCGUGUAUGAGCCGCUGUUCGACCAGCAGCUACUGGCGGGUGGGGAUGAGAUGGAAGGGGAUGAGGAGGAGGAUGAUGAGACACUAGCCCGUCUCCUCCGAGAUGAGCCGGACGAUGAGGAGGAGGAUGUCAUCCGCCCUUCUUCCCACACAUCCAGGCCGACUAGCGCGCAAAGCGGUGAGGUGGCGUCGACCGUGGUGGAUUGCGACCUCACAGAGGUUUGCAAACGUGCUGCCGCCAAGCUCGGCGUGGCGUGGCCUGUGACUCCUGGUCAUCCAGGAGUUAAACGGGAUGUGUAUGACGGGAAAAGGCUCGCUCCCCGCGCUCCCCCAGCAAAACAACUACUUCCCGCUCUCCCAGAUUGCAUCACGGAGAUGAAGCGGUCAUGGGAUAAACCCUUUACCAACCGCGUGCCCGUCAAGGGUUACUCGUCACUCGACGUGAGCGAGAUGGAGGGACUAGGGCUCUCUAACCCUCCAGUGGUCGAGCAGACGGUGGCUCUUCACCUGCAUCCAAACAGGCGGGCUGCUGUUUCAUCGGCCACACCGUCCCUCCCUGGUAAAAUGGAACGCUUCACUGCUUCCAUGUAUCAGAAGAUAUAUAAAUCUUCGGCGCUAACAGUGAGGGCUUUGAACGUCACUUCAUUGCUGACGGCCUAUCAAGCCGAAUUAUUGGAGGAGCUUGGCACGCAGCUGGACGCCGGCAAUCCAAACCCGGCAGUCUGGCAAGAGAUCUGCAACAUUACAGACCUCAAUCUGCGCGCCUCACGCAGGGCGGUGCAAAGCUCCGGCCGUACCAUGGCUCUCGCCGUUGCGGGCGAGCGAUCGCUGUGGCUGAAUCUCUCGAGUAUCGGGGACAGGGAAAAAUUGGAUUAUCUCGACGCUCCCGUAGACUCGAGACAUCACGUCCUCCUGUUCCUGCUACUCGGCCCACUCCUCCGACGCAGGGCAGAAAAUUUGUCAGUGCGUCCAGACCGCCUAAACCGCACAGCACAGAGCAGACGGCUCGCCCCCCCGCUGCUCCAAACGCUAAGCCAUGGGGAAAGCAGUCAUUCGCGGCAGCGGCUGCAAAGUCCAGAUCCGCUAACCCCUCCGCCAAAAAGAAGAGGGACUCCUAGGACGCUAUGUUUGGAGAGGAGAGACGGGCAGCACCUAGGGUUUUCUGCGAUGUCUUCUCCACAGUCCGCCACGGUUGUUUCCCCACCCGCAAAAAUGCAGAGGAGGUGGAAUUUGGGCGGAGAAAUGGUUCAGAGUUGUGUUCAGGCCAGUUCAGCUUCCCCUCAACACACAAUGUUCCGUGGAUUGCCGACGGCAGUUCCACAAGUUCAUGUGCAGAGCAUUCGGCCACCAUGCGGUCUGCCGAGUUCAGGCACACGUUCGCAAGUGCGUUGUCACAAAGCACUUCAUUCCCUGUGUUCAUGGCAAAUAAAAAAUGCCCUGUCGCAUCCAGGCUCAAUGCCGAGGGCGCAGAAAGCCAAAAACAAAAUAAAGACACAGAGAAAAGCGAAAGCUCAAAGCCGAGAGACGGGCCAGUCUCUGAGCCAAACAGAUCCUGGCCAAAUUUCUCUCUGGCCACAAGAGGGCGCCAGCACUCCAUCAGUGGGGCCGGUUCGGCAGCAGCCUCUGUCUCUUCACCCGGAGGCCUGGAUAGAGUGUUCUCCGCACCCGUGGGUCCUCGCAACCGUAACCAGGGGUUACAGGCUUCAGUUUGCUGGAAAACCCCCUCCUUUCAACGGGGUUAUAGCAUCUGUGGCAAACGAGGAUUCGGCUCAGGUGCUGGAGGCAGAGAUAUCCUCCCUCAUGGGGAAGGGAGCUAUAAGACGAGUUCCAGUGGAGGAAACUCAGACGGGUUUUUAUUCACGUUACUUUCUAAUCCCAAAGAAAGAUGGGAGUCUGCGCCCAAUACUGGACCUGCGUGCUUUAAACAAGCACUUAAGGAAGUACAAAUUCAAGAUGCUCACAGUAGGAGCUCUCACUCGUUCGAUCCGCCGGGGCGAUUGGUUCGCCUCGAUCGAUCUCAAGGAUGCUUACUUUCAUAUAAGCAUCUAUCCAGCACACAGGAAAUAUCUCAGGUUUUCCUUUCAGAACGAAGUGUUCGAAUUUGUUACUCUUCCAUUCGGGCUCAGUCUAGCUCCGCGGGUGUUCAGCAGAUGCAUGGAAGCAGCGCUGUCUCCGCUGAGACACAAGGGUCUGCGCAUAUCCGCUUAUCUGGACGAUUACCUGAUAUGCGCCCGCACACGCGAGCGCGCGGAGCGGGAUGCAGAGACUCUUUCGUCUCAUCUGGGAUUCAGAAUCAACAACGCCAAAAGCCAGCUGAUUCCGUCCCAGGAGAUAGAGUAUCUGGGCCUGCGCCUAGACUCGGUAACUUACCGCGCCAUGCUUUCGGAGAGAAGGAUUACGGCGUUCGGUCUAUGCCUGACCCAUUUUCGCAAAGGAAACCUGGUCUCGUUCAGAACCUGUCUCCGUCUGAUGGGCAUGAUGGCUUCAUCUCUGUCUGUGAUCCCACUGGGUUUAUUAAAGAUGAGAGAUUUUCAGCGUUGGAUUUCCGCGAAGCGCCUGUGCCCGCGCAGGCACCUCGCGCGCAGGGUACGGGUAUCCACCGAGUGUGUGAUGGCUCUCCACCACUGGAAAAACCCCUGCAUAUUCCGAUCAGGGGCUCCGCUGGGGAGCGUGUCUCUGAGAAAAGUCGUCACUACGGACGCAUCCCUAACGGGAUGGGGAGCCGUAUUUCAGGGCAGAUCGGUGAACGGUCGUUGGACACACCGACUGCGCGAGCUUCACAUAAUCAUGCUGGAGCUGAUGGUAGUUUUUCUGGCUUUAAAACAUUUUCUACCAUUCUUGAAGGGUUUUCAUGUUUUAGUCAGGACGGACAACACAACGGUGGUGGCGUACAUCAACCGCCAAGGGGGAACGCGAUCGUUGCAGCUGCACAAUCUAGCGCGCAAGCUGAUUGUCUGGAGCGCCGCUCACUUGAGCUCACUGCGCGCGACGCACGUCCCGGGAGUCAGAAAUGUGGGGACGGAUCUUCUGUCGAGGGGCAACCCGACGUACGGAGAAUGGGUUCUCCACCCGCAGGUGGUGAAUCAAAUUUGGGAGAUGUACGGCAAGGCUGCCGUAGAUCUCUUCGCCUCGCGGGCAAACGCAAAAUGUCCGCUGUAUUUCUCUCUCGAGGACGAGGAUGCGCCGUUGGGUGUGGAUGCGCUGGCGCACCCGUGGCCAAACGUGCUGCUGUAUGCAUUCCCACCGUUAAGUCUAAUUUCUCCCACCCUGGACAGAGUAAGAGAAAGCGGGUUGUCUCUCCUUCUAAUAGCCCCCCGUUGGCCGGGCAGGCUGUGGUUGGCAGAGAUCGCCGAACUUCUGCAAGGAGAGCCCUGGCCGCUCCCGCUGCGACGGGACCUGCUGUCACAAGCGGGGGCACAGAUAUUUCACCCUCACCCAGAACAAAUCAACCUUUGGGUCUGGCCCGUGAAGGGUUAAAUCUAAAUGCUCUCGGGCUUCCACGGGAGGUCAU